AUGAGCAGAGAGAGUUUCUGCUCAAAUUCAUCCGAGCCGUCGUCGAACAGCGAAGACGUCAUCAUAGUUGACGAGUCUGAAAAAGAACGGAUCAUAAAUCAGGUAUCUUUCUUAGGCGUUUCCCUCUCAUCGCUUCUUUUAAGGGUCUCCCUUUGGAUUGGCUCGUUCGAUCAAAUGUUGUGAGCACUCCGGAGACACUAAUCUACUUGUCGCAACAAAGAGAAAAAUGGAUACACGAAGAUCAGAAGCUCAUUCUUUUCAUUCUCCAGGUGCCACUGCCAAAACAGAACUUGUUCACAUCUAUUUCUAGGAAUACGAUAGAACCGUGAGAGUGCUGAUUCCGGAGAACGAUCCUUCGUGUGUUUUCCCUAAGCGCAACAUUAGUGUGGCCGAGAAACUGGCAGCGAAUUGCGGCGACUCGAAGGAACUCUACGAUUUCACGUGUCGUCUUCUGGAGUUGGUCAGAGAAGAGCCGGUAUUAUGGGACCGACAGAACUCGCCGUUCUUUGGAUAUCAUCAGCCGAUGCGACGCGCGUGGUGCAGCAUUUCGCUGAAACUCGGAGGAUGGGGAUCGAUACAGCACGUGCACAUGCUGAAACAGUACUAUCGGCGGAAAAGAGAUCAGUUCAACAUAGACCACCUGAGGCUCGGCCGCCCGUUUUUGUACAGCGAGUGAGUUUUGAAAAUGCAUACUUCAUUGUGAUUAAUGCUUUCAGACAGCUUGACUUUCUGAAAAACAUUUUGGAGAUGGCAAGAGUAGGAAAGGUUCCCAACGGAGCAAUCACCAUUGAAGAGCACGUGCACGCCUCGGCUCCCGACAUCGAGUUCGAACAGGAAAUUCUGGAAGCGCCAACAGAUGUUCAAUUCAUUUUAAAGUGAGAAAAGACGCUCACAAAUAAAUUAUGUUUGUUUUUUAAGAAAAGUGACCGAGUCGAUAGAUGAGAUUGCUGAGAGAUAUCCUCCGGCGGCGCUGGCCGAGUAUCUCACCCUGUGCUGCAAUGAAGUCGUCAAAAACCGAGAAGACCUGGCGACGGCCCAACUCCACGACUGUAAAUAA